GGAAAAAACUUUAGUCAUGGGAAGGCAUUCCGCGAUCGUUCACGCGUAGUUAAACCGCGGUAAUCUAAUUCGAACACCUUUGUUGUUUUUACUCGUUUAUGGUCUUGUCUUUUUGGUUAACCUUUCUUUGUGUUAUGUGUGUGUUUUCUUGUAUUCAAAAGUUUGUGAUGCAUCAAUAUUUUUAAAAAUACGUAUUUUGUAAUUUUUUAAGAUUUUUCAUGAACGGAUGUGCUAAAAAUUCUUAAAAAAAUUGUGCUAAAUCUAAUUCAACUUUGAAUGAAAAGGUUAAAAUAAGCUUACGGCUUGAAUAAAAAGCCAUCAAAGUUAUACAAUAAUGCAACAUUUUGAUUAAAUUAAGUUUUUAAUACUAUAUCUUGAAAGUGAAUAAAUUUAACAUCAUACCGACAAAUUUAAUUCAAGCCUAUUCUCAAGGUUUUUUUUAAGUUGGAUAUUGCUUAAGAUUGCAUCGAUUUAUGUGUAAUAAUAAAACUAAGUUUUAAGCUUAAUAUAUACUUACCUGUGACUACCCGUGUAUACGGGAUUCGAACCCAUCAUCAUAUUUAUACUGGAUAAAGAAAAAAAUGGUUUUAUUAAGCCACGCAACCAAAGAUGGAACCCUCAUAUGAUCACGAAAAUCUUCUGACAAAUUACAAUUCACAGAAGCAACAGAUUCAACAAAACCACACAAUAAAUACUGAUGAUUAUAGCACCUCAGAAAAUCAAGCUUACGCCCCAUCAUCUCUUAACAACAAUGUCCAUCAAACUCAUACGACAAUAUCCCAUAUUAGGCAACAACCUAACGAUAAUUUGACAUCCAGAAUACAUUCACCAAUAGUGCACUCGUCUUGCUAUGAAAGUGAUUCGAUGCGUUGCAGUGGCGGGCAAAUUCUAACGCAUAAUUCAAUGUUGGGAAAUCCUUUUCUAACGUCUCAUUCCUCAUUGUUAAAUUCAAAUCUUCCACUUUUGGCCACAAAGUUUUUAUCACAUCCAAAUAUGUUGCCAAUGUCAUUGUCACCAGAUGUUGAAGAAUCAUCACAUUUAGAAGCUUCAUUAUGGGGAUACGAAUAUCAAAAUGAGGUGUGUGCUUCGAAUUGUGCUUUUUUGGAGCGACACGUACUUGGAAAUGACGUUAAGUUCCGACCUGUUAACAACUCUGCCAAAUGUGCCAAAGAGACAAGAAUUCGACGACCAAUGAACGCUUUUAUGGUAUGGGCCAAGAUAGAAAGGAAGAAGCUAGCUGAUGAAAACCCAGAUUUACACAAUGCGGAUCUUAGCAAAAUGUUAGGCAAAAAGUGGAGGUCCUUAACGCCUUUGGAUAGAAGACCCUUUGUCGAAGAAGCUGAACGCUUAAGAGUCAUCCACAUGACCGAGCAUCCCAACUACAAGUAUCGUCCGCGACGUCGAAAGCACUCAAAACCGAGGGCAAUUCAAAGCAGUGCCAAAGAUCAUGCUCCAAUGCAGGCAAGUGGCAAACCACUUCCAAAACUUAAGUCAUCACAGAUACCAAGCUACAACAUGCCUCAAGGUGAAAUUUCAAACCAAUGUCAAUCAAAAUCCCAGAACUUCUAUCGGCCAUCAAAAAUGUCCUUCUCGCCAAACUCCAAUCCAAGCCGGAGUUCCGAUGAUGGUAACUUUCGCUCCACAGCAGAUGGCAAUGUUCCCAACUAUGAGAAAAAACACCAAUCAUUCCAGCAACAAGUCCAGAGUAACAUUAGCAGCAACCAUUGCGAUAAACAGAAACCGACAAAACAACUUAUGUAUAAAUCAAAAACUAAAUCCCGGGUCUGCAAUAAUCUCGACGACGAUAACACUUUGGCGGGUAAAAAGUCCCCAUUUCACCAGAAUACAUCACUAGCGUUGUCUUCCUCAACUUUGCUCACCAGUAAAGGAAUAUAUGUGACUUGCAGCAAUCGAGGAAUGUUGGAUCAACCGCAUACAGUUAAGGGAACUUAUUUUCCACCAAUGUCAGCUUUGGAAGAAAACCAAAGAAGCGAUCCCACGGAUCUUUCUCAGACUCAACAAUGCAACAUUAACGCAAGUGUACAUUGCACCACACAAGCUGGCUCUUCCCCGCAUUAUAGCUCGCCAAAUACUCGGACACAAACCAAAAAUAAUAUUAAUGAAAUGUUAACGAGUCCGUACUCCGUUAAUGCCAGCCCAAUGCACGAUUCAGCCACUGGAUUCCAUCCGCAAAUGACUCAGCAUGAAAAGAACUAUUCCCGCUACAUCAAUUCUCACGGCCAAUGCAGCCCUGAGGAAAUUCAAGACCAGAAUACCGACAACAAAUUUUCAAAAUAUCCCGACACAAAUCACAACUACGAUAACUAUGAAGUUUAUUCCAGUCCCGGUGGCAAUUAUUACCCGCAAGUCACCUACAUUCCAUCGAACAACUGCUCACCGUUAAAUCACACGCCACCAUCUUAUCAAAACAAUGUAGAGUGCAACUAUUUUCCAUAUCAUCAGCCAGAACAAAUUUGCCUCAACGGAUUGCCAUCGAAUUAUUUUAUGAGCAGUAAUGGGGAACCCCCACCGGCAAAUAUAGCGCCCCAAGCAAUUGCAUCGUUAGUGUACCCUAGCGCCACAACAGGUGAAACAUUCGAAGUGCGAAAGGACGAUGAAAUAAGCAAUAUUUUGGCAGGUGUAAGAAAAACCUGCUACAGUAACUAAGCCAAUGUACUUUAAGGUUAUGUAAAAAUGUACAGAAGUAAUAAUAAAAACAAAACCAUUCAAACAUUUCGAAAGCAA